AAGCUUUAUAGUGUCUAAUUUUAAAAGAAGUUCAGUCACUACAUCAUGACAUCCCGUCGGAUCGAGGUGACUCACAAAGAGAGGCUGCAGCAGUUGUUCUCUGACACCGGGCUGGUUUGCAUCAGGUCGCCAGUGGCUUCAGAAGAAACUGAAUCUGUUACGGUAGAAGUUGAAGAACUAGGUCCAAUCGUAGUAGAAGAAGAACACAUCCAUGAAGCAGAACCAGAGGUGGAUGUAAACACGCAGACACAAGAAGAGAUUAUCGAGGAAGAACCAGAGAUCUUCCCAACGCCAUCUUUACGCAGAGUCCUUCCGGAUAGAGUGAGGGAAAUAGAAAAACAUAACAGAGUCCACGUCCUGCCAGAAGAAUUUAGAACUGAUAUUGAUCCGUCUGUAAUUCCUAAAAUAGGGCUGACUCCUCCACAGAAAUAUAUUGAAGUUUUGGCAGAGAUUACUGGGUGUACGCAGUAUAAGGGAAGUCUGGCUGAGUUUUGGUUCCUGGAUACCCUGGCCAAUUUGUUGAGGCGUGCGCAAGAUGAUGAGAUGGAUCGACCAUCCCAGGCAGUUCUGAUACUUUGGUUCUGUGAAUGGAUGAAGGAAAUGCAACAGUUCGAUGCAGCUGAUCGACAACGCAUGCUGAAGAGAUUCAAGGAUAACAUGCUAUCAGCAGCCAGGUUCAUAGCUGAAGAGGAACACCUCCCGACCCCUAUAGACGCUGGGGUGUUCUACAAACCCCAGGAAACUGUAUCCAUAGAUAGUUCUAGAACCUCGCCGAUGUCCAAACAUUUGGUGACGUUUGAAGGUGCCGCUUAUGAGUGCUCAUUGAAGGAUUUGAGCAAUAUUAUACAUUAUAUUUAUGAUCUGUUCGGUACAGACUAUCAAUACGACCUUGUCCGUUCGGUGUUUACCCACACUCCAGAAUAUAUUUUAAUAGACACGCCAUACCAAAUACGGAACCCUAAAAGAUUAUUCGCACCUCUAAAGAUAAAGCCGAAGAAAGAGAAAUCACCGAAAAAGGAACAAAAGCAGCAAAAAGGGAAGAAGAAAGAAGUGGAUACAGAGGAGUAUUUGGCUUUGCUUGAGCUCCGCGCCAAAGACGAGCGUCUCCUCGACGAGCAAGAAGAAGCGGACCGUGAAGAAUGGCACCGUCGAAACCACAUCCUACCCCUGGGCUUUGCGGCGACUGACGAAUUCUUUGACAAGUACUGGCCUCCCCCACCGCCAGAACCUGAGCCCGAGCCCGAACCGGAGCCCAAGGGCAAGAAGAAGGGAAAGAAGUAGCUUCUAGAAGGAUCUAGAACAUUCUACAAGCUAAUUUAAGCUGUGUGUGUCACUUGCACACAUUUGUUACUUAUAUUUGA